AAAAAGAAAUAAUUUGUUAUCGACGCAUUUUUUUUUCUUCUGAACAAAAUGAUUGAUUGAUUAUUUAUAACGAAUCAUUGGACGCGUAAAAGAUAAAGAUAAAGAUAAAUUAAAGUGCUUGUUUUCGAGACGAUAAAAUUUGCUUUAAAAAAUCCGAUUGUAAACAUUCACAGUUGUUAAUUUGGUUUGAGCUGAAAAUAUUUUUCUUCAUAAUAAUAAUAAUAAUAAUUUGCAUCGAUUAUAUUCAUCAUCAUGAUUGAAAUAUUUAUACGUCGCCUACCUGUGACAUUAGGCAUAAUGAUUAUAUCAUUUGCAUUCGUAUUAUGGAUGAUUGCCAUUUCAUUGAAUCAAGUUCAUCCAUUUUUUCCAUUCAUAAGUGAUCUUGGCAUUACACAACCCGGUUCAUCAAUGUUUACAUUUUGUCUUGGUUUUGCUUCACUUUUACUUCUUAUAUUUGUCAUCUGUAGAUAUCGUUUAACACGUUAUCAUUUAAAAAAUUAUAAUGCUGAAAUAAGUUGGGCAAAUUAUUCACUUGCUACCGGUUUAAUUAUGGUUGUUGCUAUGUGUACAACCGGAUCGAUACCAAAUGAUGAACCAAAAUAUAUACAAAUUCUACAUAAUAUAUUCGCUGCUUUAUUAUUCACUGCAGUACAAUUUGAUAUUUUGAUCGAAUUAUUUAUUUCGCGUCAUUUACCAAAUCAAGCACGUGUAUCGAAAUUACGAUUGGGAAUUUUAAUCAUAUCAUUAACAUUUGUUACUUUAUUUUUAACAACAAUGGUUAUUUCAUUUCAACAUUUUCCACAAUCAUUUUUGGAUAAAUCUUUACGAUUAUGGUGGUCAUCUGAUGAUCCUGGAUAUAUAUGGCAUGUUAUAAGUGCCAUAUUAGAAUGGCUUGUUAUCAUUAUGCUUGGUCCACAUGUUAUGAGUUAUCGUUCAUUAUUUCAAACCGAUAUCAAUUUAAAUGAAAAAAAAAAAUGCACCAAUUAUUAUAACAAUGAUGGCAACUAUAUUGGUUAAUUGAACAAAACGAUUAUCAUCUUUAGCAGCUGCAGCAUGUAAUUCGGCAUCCGUUUUCCGUUGUUGUUGAUCAUUGACAACAA